AGCAGGUGAAGUCCUUCUCCAAGUAAUAACCAAGCCGAGUCAUCGUUUAUCCUGUCAGAACUCGCCAGUCGUUCCGUGCCACCGACGGAUCCGUCAAGGCGACGGUUCGUCUUCCGGCCACAACUCUGAAUCACCUCUGCCGUGUCUCUACCGACUCAGAGUUGUCCUCAAGCCGACGAUGUCUAACCCAAGCAAGGCUGGCAUCCGGACCGCAGCAAAUGGAGCCUCGUACAUUCCUGCCUCGACGCGUGCUGAUGGGUCUACCCGAAAAGAGAUACGAGUGAGGCCAGGAUACCGGCCUCCAGAAGACGUGGAGACCUACAAGAACCGCAGCGCAGAAGCAUGGAAGAACAGAGGUAGUGGCGGUGUACCCGGUGCAGACCCUCCACCAGCUGCCAGCACCGACGGUGGAGCGAACAAAAGUAAGAAUGCCAAACGCAGGGAGGCUGCUCGGAAAAAGACCUCGGCCGAAACCGAUGAAGGCGACUUGGCUUCUGCCUUGCACAAUUCGUCUCUAUCCGACGGUGACAAGCAAAGCAAGGACGUGCAAGAUCCAUCAAAAGUCCAGGUAGCGCCCGAUGCGCAAACUCAAGGAUCCGAUGCAGAGGCAGAGACACAAAAGAAGAUCCGAAACCAGUUGAAAAAGUUAAAGGCUGUUAGCGAGCUGAAGACAAAGAAGGCUGCAGGGGAAAAGCUCUCCCCAGAUCAAUUAGUCAAGAUUGGCAAGGAAUCUGAGCUGCUACAUGAUCUGAAGAAGCUGGGCUAUACUGGGCCAGAGGUGUGACAUCGCCAGGACGAAGGAACAAGCAGGCUCCGAAUGUCUGCUGAACACCCAGCAUCCAAUGGAACAAGCGCCGAAUAGGCUUCUGAGAGAGGCGGGACAUGCCCAUCUGAAGAUCCGAGUCACCCCCAUGGUAACAAGGAACACCGAGGAGGACGAGACAACGCACAACUCGACCGCUGUUCAUCAAAACAUCUGGCUCCUUGUGCUUUCGGCGACCCAAACAUCAUCAGAAGAUGGCUCAGAUUCUACCCGCCUUAUUAUUUCUCCAGGCACAAGUGGUGGAGUUGACGACUCCUGGGCAACCAUCGUCACGAAGUCGAUAUGCGUCACGUGCAAGUAAUACCAGGAUCAUGCCAUUGCGCGUGGGAGUCGUCAAAGUUGCGCAGCAGAAUAGACGCAAGAUGAGACUCGGGAUUUGGAUAGAACCAAGAUCCGGUGCCUUCAAGCCCAAGGUAGAUUUAUGUAUACUUGUCUAAGGAUUAUUUUC